AUGGCGACAAACAAUACCCCAGAGCUUACCGCGUGCUGCACACCGUCACCAACCGCCAAGGUCUUCCCCCAGUACAGUUUCUUCCAAGAGCGCAGAGCGCCCGCGCUACCCUCGCCGACAGAGAUCAAGUAUGGAGCCGACGUGAUUAUCGCUGAGGUUGAGACCCAGGUGUCGAUGCGUGAAAAACUAAAAGGUCGUGUCCCGAUUCCUGAGGUCUUCGGCUGGGCUGAAGAUGGCGGCCAAAGGUUCAUUUAUAUGUCUCUGGUCGAGGGUGAAACUCUACAAGCAAGAUUCGGCACCAUGAAUGAAAGCGAGCGGCGUCUGCAAGGAGCUAAGAUCUAUGGGAGCAUUGGAAAGCGCCCGCUAAACGACAUUUUCGUCACUGGCAAGCCAGAGCACGUAGGACCCUUCCUAGGGGCAAAUGCUGUGCAAAAGUUGCAUGAAACAUGUGGAAUCGACAUUGACGACAAUAUUCCGAUUGUUCUUACCCAUAACGGCCUUUGUCCCCCCAAUAUAUUAUUAUCGCGUGGCCCCAACCCAAGGGUCGUGGGCAUUCUUGAUUGGGGCCAAUCAGGACGGUAUCCUUCAUAUUGGGAGUAUUGCAAGGCACGACGAGUAGGUGUCGUGGAUGAGGAAUUCACUUCUGCCCUUCAAGAGGAAUGGCAUACCGCUUAUCUGCCUGAGAUCAUUGAUACGGUGGAUGAUGAGAGCUUUUACCACCCGUGGCUGUAUUUCAUGUUGUCCAACAUCUGA